CCUCGAGACCAUUAAGGUUCCUUAGCUGCAUCUUAGACAUUUACGGGAAAGGAAGGGAUGGUCCAUUCUGUACCGAGACCAUAUGAUCAAGUGUUUCUUAUUUACCAACAAAUAAAUAAUAGAGGCGAAAUUAUUAUCUAUAAAAACACAAGUGCUAAAUCUAAAAAAAAUAUUCUAAAUAUUUUUUAAAUGUCUGGGUAUGCACUUCUGUGGGACAAAAAGACUAUAUGCUUGUUUACCACCUUUAUGCUAUAAAAACUGCUUGUCUGCAACCAUCGUGGUACGAGUAUAAAAAAGGCUGUGAUACUGGCCAUAAAUUGUGACAGAUGAAACGUACUUGUCAAAGAUGAAUUUAUCUUUUUGUACUUUUCAGUAUUAUUUCUGUAUCCAAUGAUUUCAAUAUUUCAAGAUUGUGAAUUACCUUUACGUUGACGUUAAAAUAUUUUCAUGCAUCAGUAUUUGAAAUAUCUACAUAAAUGAAUAUAGUCAGCAGAAUUACCAGAGUAAUUGACCAAGAUGUGUCGAACUGUCCACGCAUUGUUACAAACAGCAAUAUGCGGUAUCCAAAUGCUGGUGCGGGUCUUGAUGACCAUCAUCCUAAUGAUCGAGAACGUAAUCAGGAUGUUGCUGCAGACCGUAUAUAACUUUAUAUCGUUCGUGCUUCAAAUGAUAUCCCUUAUACCGAUUUGUUUCGUGUUUGUAUUGACUUCGAGACUUAAAUGCUUAAUGUGCGGGGGCGGGGGCCCUUGUCCGGUGAACAGAGGUGGUACCUGUGACUGCUUGAUGUCAGGACUUGCUAUCGUUAUACUCUUUUUCAUAUUUAGAGCUACAGGGAUCCUUGAUAAGAUUUUGUACAGCCUCGGAUAUGCAAAAGCCAAGGCUUCGAUUGCUGACACGUUUGUACCUACUCCUGGAGACAUUACGGAGUGUUCAAGGAAUGACACGGACUUGAAUACUGUAGAUCUGAAGUCGGAACCUGACUACGAGAAUCUGAUUACGGAAGCUAGCGUGCCCAGUUUCGAAAGUUUAUAUGAAAGUUCGAUCGGACAAACUACCGUUCCUGGCAAUUGGACAACUAUCUUGUAUUAUUUUCAAUAAUUUAAUAACUUGAUGGGUUUUA